AAAGUUAUCAUUGUUGGGCUGGAUAAUGCAGGGAAAACUACCAUCCUUUACCAAUUUUCUAUGAAUGAAGUUGUACAUACAUCCCCUACAAUAGGAAGUAAUGUAGAAGAGAUAGUCAUUAAUAAUACACGUUUCCUAAUGUGGGAUAUUGGUGGUCAAGAAUCUCUUCGUUCUUCCUGGAACACUUACUAUACUAACACUGAGUUUGUAAUAGUUGUUGUGGACAGUACAGACAGAGAAAGGAUUUCUGUAACUAAAGAAGAGCUGUAUAAAAUGUUAGCGCAUGAGGACCUAAGAAAAGCUGGAUUGCUGAUUUUUGCUAAUAAACAAGAUGUUAAAGAAUGUAUGACUGUAGCAGAAAUCUCCCAGUUUUUGAAACUAACUUCUAUUAAAGAUCACCAGUGGCAUAUCCAGGCAUGCUGUGCUCUUACAGGCGAGGGACUGUGCCAAGGACUUGAAUGGAUGAUGUCACGACUUAAGAUUAGAUGAUCUCUGCUGACCUCUUCGCAUAGACUGUGUAAACGAAGUGCUGGACUUUUCCUGA